AUGAAUGUGAUACGAAAAGUCUACCGCAAGGUUACUUGCAAAAAGAAGCCCGAAAAAAAUAAACUGAAAGAUGGUUUGGAUGAUCUUAAACAAGAAUUGGAUAUGGAUGAACACAAAAUACCUCUUGAAGAGUUGUAUGCUCGACUUAACACUGACCCUGAAAAUGGAUUGAAAUCUGAAGAAGUCAAAAUUCGGUUAGAACGUGAUGGACCUAACGCACUGACACCUCCGAAAACGACACCAGAAUGGGUGAAAUUUUGUAAGACAUUGUUUGGUGGAUUUUCAAUGCUACUUUGGAUUGGUGCCAUUCUCUGCUUUAUUGCAUACGGUAUUCAGAGAAGUGCUGAAGAUGAAGAUGUGAAAGAUAAUUUGUAUCUUGGUAUUGUUUUACUCGCUGUUGUUGUUAUUACUGGAUGUUUUUCAUAUUAUCAAGAAUCAAAAUCAUCACGUAUUAUGGAUUCAUUUAAAAAUUUAGUUCCACAAACUGCACUUGUUAUACGUGAUGGUUUAAAAACUGAAGUACCAGCAGAAAGUAUAGUUGUUGGUGAUAUAGUUGAAGUGAAAUUUGGUGAUCGUAUUCCAGCUGAUAUAAGAAUUAUUACUGCAAGUUCAUUUAAAGUAGAUAAUUCAGCUUUGACUGGUGAAUCAGAGCCUCAAUCACGUACAACUGAGUUUUCUAAUGAAAAUCCAUUAGAAACAAAAAAUUUAGCCUUUUUCUCAACUAAUGCUGUUGAUGGUACAUGCCGUGGUAUUGUAAUCAGUACUGGUGAUCGUACUGUUAUGGGUCGUAUAGCAAAUUUAGCAUCUGGUUUAGAACUUGGCGAAACUCCAAUCCAUAAAGAAAUAAAUCAUUUUAUUCAUUUAAUUACAGCUGUUGCAAUGGUUCUUGGUGUAACAUUCUUUAUUAUUGCUUUUAUAUUGGGUUAUCGUUGGCUUGAAGCUGUAAUCUUCUUAAUUGGUAUUAUUGUAGCUAAUGUACCAGAAGGUCUAUUAGCUACGGUUACAGUAUGUCUGACAUUAACCGCUAAACGUAUGGCUAGUAAAAAUUGUUUAGUAAAAAAUUUAGAAGCUGUUGAAACACUUGGUUCAACAAGUACCAUUUGUUCAGAUAAAACUGGUACAUUAACACAAAAUCGUAUGACUGUAGCUCAUAUGUGGUUUGAUAAUAAAAUAUUUGAAGCUGAUACAUCAGAGAAUCAAACAGGUGUACAUUUUAAUAAAACUUCACCAACAUGGAAAGCAUUAUCAUGUAUUGCAAUGUUAUGUAAUCGUGCUGAAUUUAAAACUGGUGAAGAAAAUAAACCAGUAUUAAAACGUGAAUGUAAUGGUGAUGCAUCAGAGACAGCUAUAUUAAAAUGUACUGAAUUAUAUGUUGGUAAAGUUAUUGAAUAUAGACUUAAAAAUCGUAAAAUUUUAGAAAUUCCAUUUAAUUCUACAAAUAAAUAUCAAUUGUCAAUUCAUGAAACUGAUGACAAUGAUGAACGUUACUUAUUGGUUAUGAAAGGUGCACCUGAACGUAUUAUUGAUCGUUGUAGUACUAUUCUACUUAAUGGUGAAGAAAAACCUUUAGAUGAUGAAAUGCGUGAACAAUUUAAUAAAUCUUACAUGAAAUUAGGUGGAAUGGGUGAACGAGUACUUGGAUUCUGUGAUUAUCGUUUACCAGCUGAAACUUAUCCUAAGGAUUUUAAAUUCAAUGAAGAAGAACCAAAUUUUCCAGUUAAUGGAUUACGUUUUGUCGGUCUAAUGUCUAUGAUUGAUCCACCUCGUGCAGCAGUACCAGACGCAGUUGCAAAAUGUCGAUCCGCCGGGAUUAAAGUGAUUAUGGUCACUGGUGAUCAUCCAAUCACAGCUAAAGCUAUUGCUAAAGGUGUUGGAAUAAUUUCGGAAGGUUCAAAAACUGUCGAGGAUAUUGCAGCUGAAAAAGGCAUACCUGUUGAACAAGUGAAUCCACGUGAAGCCGUUGCUUGUGUAGUACAUGGUUCUGAUUUACGUGAAAUGACUCCAGCACAAAUUGAUGAUAUAUUAGCUAAUCAUCCAGAAAUUGUAUUUGCACGUACUAGUCCACAACAAAAAUUAAUUAUAGUAGAAGGUUGUCAACGUCAAGGAGCAAUUGUUGCUGUAACCGGUGAUGGAGUAAAUGAUAGUCCAGCUUUAAAACAAGCUGAUAUUGGUGUUGCAAUGGGUAUUGCAGGUAGUGAUGUGAGUAAACAAGCAGCGGAUAUGAUUUUAUUAGAUGAUAAUUUUGCUUCAAUUGUUACAGGAGUUGAAGAAGGUCGUCUUAUAUUUGAUAAUUUGAAAAAAUCCAUUGCUUAUACAUUAACAUCGAAUAUACCAGAGAUUACACCAUUUUUAGUAUAUAUUGGAUUUGGUCUACCAUUACCAUUAGGUACAAUUACAAUUCUAUGUAUUGAUUUAGGUACUGAUAUGAUUCCAGCAAUUUCAUUAGCUUAUGAAGAAGCUGAAUCAGAUAUUAUGAAACGUAUGCCACGUGAUCCAUUACAUGAUCGUUUAGUAAAUGAACGUUUAAUUGCUAUGGCUUAUGGUCAAAUUGGAAUGAUACAAGCACUUGGUGGUUUCUUUGUUUAUUUUGUUAUUAUGGCUGAAAAUGGUUUUUGGCCAUCACGUCUACUUGGUAUACGUAAAGAAUGGGAUUCACGAGCUGUAGAUGCAUUAAGUGAUUCAUAUGGUCAAGAAUGGACUUAUAAACAACGUAAACGUUUAGAAUCCACAUGUCAAACUGCAUUUUUUGCAUCUAUUGUUAUAGUACAAUGGGCUGAUUUAAUUAUUUGUAAAACUCGUCGUAAUUCAGUUAUUCAACAAGGAAUGUGGAAUAAAUAUUUAAAUUUUGCAUUAUUCUUUGAAACUGCAUUAGCAAUCUUUUUAUCAUAUUGUCCAGGGUUAGAUAAAGGUCUACGUAUGAUGCCUUUAAGAUAUACAUGGUGGCUUCCAGCAUUACCAUUUUCCAUAUUGAUUUUUGCAUAUGAUGAAACAAGAAAAUAUUUAAUUCGACGAUUUCCUGGUUCAUGGAUAGAAAAAGAAACAUAUUACUAG